AUGUCCGCUGAUUAUUGGAAUUCAACUCAACGAUUGAAAUGGCAAUUCACUCGACAAUCCCUUCUUGAAGCAAGGAGGAAAGUGUUAUUAUUAGAACGGAAAAUGAUUCAAAAUGGUUUAAUUAAAGAAUAUCCUAAUAUCAAUUAUGAUUAUAAUAUGAGGAUUUAUUUACAUAAUUUAUUAAUUAAACUUGGAAGACGAUUAAAUAUUCGUCAAGUGGCGUUAUCCACUGCUGAAAUCUAUUUAAAUCGAUUUUUAACUCGAGUUAGUUUGAAAGAAAUUAACGUUUAUUUAUUGAUUACUGCUUGUUUAUAUGUGGCAUGUAAGAUUGAAGAAUGUCCUCAACAUAUUCGAUUGAUCUUGCUGGAGUCACGAACGUUAUGGCCGGAAUAUAUUCCUCAUGAUAUUACCAAAUUAGCCGAAUUUGAAUUUUAUCUUAUUGAAGAAAUGGAUCUGUAUUUAUUCUUACAUCAUCCUUAUAAAUCAUUAAUUCAAUUAAAGGAAUUCUUAUGGGAGAAUAAUAUGAUUUAUGGUUUCACAUUAUCCGAUAAUGAAUUACAAAAUGCGUGGUCAUUGAUUAAUGAUAGUUAUUUAACUGAUUUACAUUUAUUGGUGCCCCCUCAUAUUAUAGCCGUUGCAGCAAUAUAUAUAACGAUCGUAUUAAAGAAGAAUUUAUCGACAUUAAGAGGGGGAGGGAGUAGUAGUGGGAAUGGGUCAAGUGGGAGUAAUACCAUUACUCAGGAUGUUCGAUCUAAUGAUACAACUUCUAUUAAUACCGAUGGGAGGAAUAAUAAUAAUAAUAAUAAUAAUAAUAAUACUACUGAUAAUGGAGAUUCAAUGCAUAUAGAUGAUUUAAUGAUAUUGGCUAAUCCUAAGGAUGGAACUGAUGGAGAUUCCAAUGUGUCUAGUAGUAUUACCAGUAAUAAUAUUAAUCCUAGUAAUACUACUACUAUAACUACAACCACAACCAAUGGUAAUAAUAAUGAAAAUAGUAGUACUACUAAUAAUACCGAUAAUACUAAUACUAAUAACAAUAAUACAAGCCAAGGGAUUGAUAAUCCUGAUUUCCAAGAUCAAAAAUUAGACGAAGAAACAAUCAAGAUUAAUAAAUUUAUGAAUUUUUUAAAUCAUUCUCAUAUAAAUUUAGAUGAAGUAGUGGAAGCUAUGCAAGAUAUGAUUAAUAUUUAUGUAUUAUGGAAUCGAUAUAAUGAACAGAGUGUGAAGAAGGCCUUACAGUUUAUGUUAUUAAAUAGAUAA